GUUUCUCCUGCAGUUUUUCCCCGACAACCCGACCGUGUGGCCAUAGUGACCGGAGGCACGGAUGGCAUCGGCUAUGCCACGGCGAAGCAGCUGGCGAGGCUCGGCAUGCACGUGAUCAUAGCCGGAAACAAUAACAGCAAAGCCCAAGACGUUGUGCGGAGACUAAAAGAGGAGACGUUGAAUGACAAAGUGGAGUUUUUAUACUGUGAUCUGGCUUCCCUGACGUCCAUCAGGCAAUUCGUCCAGAAGUUCAAGAAGAAGAAAAUCCCUCUCCAUGUCCUGGUCAAUAACGCCGGCGUGAUGAUGGUCCCGCAGAGGAAGACCAGAGACGGAUUUGAGGAGCACUUCGGGCUGAACUACCUGGGCCACUUCGUCCUCACCAACCUCCUGCUGGACUCCCUGAGGGAGGCCGGACGUCCCGGCCGCACCGCCAGGGUGGUGACCGUCUCGUCCGCCACGCAUUACGUGGGCGAGCUGCGCAUGCGCGACCUGCACGGCAGGUGCGCGCCCGCGGGGGGCCGAGCGGGAGGGGGCUCGAGACGGGCCGGGCCGUCGGCGCGGGAGGGCGCGGGGCUCGGGCUCAGCGUCGCGGGAGCCGGUGCACCCCAGCCCCGCGGGCGGCCAGCGCGUCCCAGCGACACUUACGGCGACCGUCGUCCACGAACCACCUUCCGCUCGGCGGCCACACAAGUAAGCGCGGGCCGCGAUGGGCCCAUCGGACCGUUGCCCAGGAACGCUGCCACCCUCCCGCCCCCGCUGGAAACUCGCGUCUGUGGGGGCCCCAAGAAUCCCGUGCCCUGUGCUCCCAAAGCUGACGCGUCCUGGCCUUCCCUCUCCCGGCAGACCCCAGAUGAGGGAGCCUGGACCUCCGUCUACGCAGCAGUCACCCCGGACCUGGAAGGAAUCGGAGGCCGCUACCUUUACAACGAGAAAGAGACCAAGUCUCUGACGGUCACAUACGACCGAGAUCUCCAGAGACAACUGUGGGCCACAAGUUGCCAGAUGACCAGCAUCCCUGACGUGACCCAAGACACCCUCUUGGGGUAACGGCCACAUUGGGAAGACCUCGCCUCGGCCCGGCAAACGCAGGUCUGUGACCGAUCCCCGUGUCUGCUUUUCCACAGCUGUUGCCUUCAGGGCUCUGUCCCCAACGGUCUCCUGUCUGCUGUCCUGCCUUUGCGGGAAAUCGGGGAACAAAAGAAAUAUUGAGUGUGGCCUCCAAGUGGCCGUGAGCCACAAAUUGUGUGGCAAGUUUCUCCCAAGUGCCAGGAACCAUUAAAUGCUGCCUAAGCCAA